AUGAAUGAACUUGACAUGAAUGAACAAAGAACACAUGCCACUUCAACGUGGCGUGUUUUUGAUGAUAUUACAUAUAAAAAAAUUGAAGGAAAUACAGUCACUGAUUUUCUGGCAAUAAUUCGAGAUGCUCGUAGUGCAACGGAAGAUACGAUAAAACCAUUUGUUACUAUGGCUCCAUGUGGAGGACCAAUUGCAUUUGUAUAUAAAAAAUCAGAAGCAAAAUCAAAUGAUACUAAAUAUACGAUAAUUAUAGACAAUUUACCAAAUCAUCGUCCUCAAGUUAAACAGUUUGAUCGAGGUGUUGUAGUAUUUGUCGACUGGACAAUUAAUGAAGAUUUAUUAUUAGUAACAGAAGAUGGAAAAUAUCAUAUCAUUGAUAUCUUCUUUUAUGAUUCAAAUAAUGACAAAUCAAGACAACUUAGUGAGUCUGUAUCAACAAUAACCAGUGCGUGUACAUUCAAAAGCAAUCAAGGUACAGGAUUAGUAGCAUUAACGAAAAAUCAAGAAAGUUUUAUCGCCGUAAAAAAUGUUUAUAGUCCAAUUAUUCAAAUGAUUACACUUGGCGUAGAUAUUCGUUCACCAAUAUCAGCAUGGUGUGUAAUCGAUCAUGCAGAUAUAACAAUUGCUUAUGCAUAUGAUAAUAAUAUAGCAACAUGCAGUGCUACGUCAUUACGACGAGAUCAACAAACCAUUCCUGGAAUUACGGAUGUCAUAGUUAAAUUAGUAUCGAGUAGUAAUUAUAAAAGUAUUGCAAUGUUAAAAGAUAAUGGUGAUGUAUUAAUUGGAUUAAAAGAAAAUAUUGGACAACCACAAUCAUUUAUAUUAAAAUAUACAUGUAAUAAUAAUAAAGUCAAAAUUACUGAUAUUGCUUGGUCUGGUUCAGAUACUGUCAUAGGUAUUCGAUCAGCUUCAAAAACUUGGUUUGAUUUACUUGUUAUCAAUGGAAAACAUUCAUUACCAAUGACAGAAAAAAGUCGACAAGCAAUAACUGAUGAUACUAUGUGUUAUACUUCAACUGUAUGGUUAUCGACUGAAAUUGAUGGUAUACGAAUAAUAUCUGGUCGAGCACUUGAUUUCUUCCAACGUUUACCAGAUGAAAUCUACAAAGUUUUAGAUCUUAUGUCAAAAAGUCCAGGUGCUAAACUUUACGAAGCUUAUAUGUAUUAUAAAUAUGAAAAUCAAAUGGCUGAAAGAUUUCUUCAAGAAUUAAAAUCAUCCGGAUCAAGCUAUGGACUUGAAGAAGCUGUUAAAGAAUGUAUAGCAGCAGCAUCUAAUGAACAUGAUCCACCUACUCAAAAACUUUUACUCAAAUCUGCACUCUUUGGUCGUUCAUUUUUAUCUGUUAAUUUAAGUAAUCCAACAGCAUCAAUACGUCCAGCUGUAUCAGUAAUUAAUGAUUUAUGUACAAAUACAAUUCGUAAUUUACAGCUAGUUAAUAAUUUACAACAUAUUAGUAUUUCUAUACUAAUUACAUAUAAACAAUUUGAAUUGCUUGGUACACGUAUACUUAUUGAUCGUUUACUUCGUCGUAAUCUACAUGAAUUUGCUACAUGUGUAACAAAAUUAUUACGUAUGCCUGCUGAAGAAGGUGAAAAUCGUAUUUUAGUACAAUGGGCUGUACAAAAACUCAAUGAUCCUGCAAAUACUAAUGAAGAACUUAUUGCAGAUACAAUUAGAGUUCGCCUUGCUGAUGUACCUGGCAUUCCAUUUAUUGAUAUUAUUCGAGCUGCAUAUACUGCAAAAAAAUUCAUUGUUGUCGAACGAUUACUCGAUGUUAAAGUUAGUUUAAGUGAUCAAAUUGAUAUGUUAUUAACGUUGAAUAAAAAACAAGAAGCUUUACAAAAAGCACUUUCUUAUGGUGAUACUGAUUUAGCUCUUUAUGUCCUUAUGCGUAUGAAAUCAAGUAGUGGUGUGAAUUCUACUGAUUUUAAUUUACAAUUAGCAAAAUUGAAAUCAUUACCAUUAAGUUUGUUAUUACAAUGUUUAGAAGAACGUGAUCGAAAUAAUUUACAUGAUGAAAUGCGAAAACAAAAUUCUGGUGAACGAGAACGUAUUGGUUAUUCACAUAUUGUUCAAAGAUUUACAACAGCUCUUACAACAUCUGAUCAAAAAAGUGAAUUAACAAGUGCAUCAAAAUUAUUUCGUGAAAUUAAAAAUGAUUCUUCUGCUCAAUUAGUUGAUGAAGAAACUCGUUUAAUAACAAAACAAGAUGAACUUGAAAAAAAAUUACAAACUAUACAAUUAAAAGGGUUCUCAUUAGUUGAUACACUUGAUUUACUUAUUAUUCAUAAUGAAAGAGAUGCUGAUCUCUUACGAAAAGAGUUUAAUAUUAGUGAUAAAAGAUAUUGGUGGAUUAAAAUUCAAGCCUAUGCAAAAAAAAAUGCAUGGGUACAAUUACUUGAAUUUGGAAAAAAACCAAGUUCACCUAUUGGUUAUGAACCAUUUGUUGAUGUCUGUAUUCGAUCACAAAAAAUGGAGGAAGCUCGUCGUUUUCUUGAUCAAACUAUUUAUUCAUCAAAGCUUGAUCAUGAACGUAUUCCAUAUAUGUUUGCGAAAGUUCAAAUGGUUGAUGAAGCAAUAAAUUCCGCAAUAAAAUUACGAUCAAUUGAUGCUUUACAUUUUAUUGAAUCGAAAUGUCAAUUAAGUGAAGCAAAUUCAACUAAAAUUCAACAAGCAAAAGAUAAAUUACAAGAUUAUGGUGUUAAUCCAUUAAAAAAUGUCUUUAGUUUUUUAAAAUCAUAG